AUGGCGACUGAGGCAAGGCCGUAUUCCUUGUCGGCGGUGGUGCAUCUGGCGAGUCUGUAUGAGGUGCUUAGAGUGGAGCGAACGGCUUUGUUGAAGGAGAUAAAGACGACGUACCAGAGCCUGGCCAAGAUGUACCAUCCGGACGCCAUGAUCCAACAACACCACCAAGAUGAAGACAAGCCAGAAAUCCAGUUGGACUCUGAAUCAGACGACAGAGAUUUCAUAGAGAUUCACAACACGUACGCGACACUCUCCGAUCCAGUGGCGUGUGCGCUCUAUGAUCUCUCCUUGGGGAACACAACUUCCCAGUUCAACAACCAGAGGGGACCGUUUGGGUUCGACAUCGGAUUCAGAUUCUCAACUCCGAAUCAGACUGGAUUUUACUUGACCUGA